AUGCGGCUGCUCGCAGGCUCCUUCGUGCCUCUCGUCGGUCUUCUCGCUGGCCCUGCAUUGGGUGCCUGUCCCUAUGCCAGCCAGCUCGGUCUUGACGGCGACAGUUCCAAGUCGCACGCUCACACUCCUCGCACUGCGGCCCCCCCGGCACCCAACAAGAAAGGCGUCUUCCUAAUGAACCGCAUCGCACCGGGUACAUCAGAACUGUACAUCGCCAACGCCGACGGCACAAACGAACGCCCUCUCCUCUCCGACCCGAUCUUCGAGUACCACGCCGAGUUCUCACCAGAUGGACAAUGGAUUACAUUCACGGGCGAGCGGAAUGGAGAUGGGAACUCUGAUAUCUACCGCGUUCGCCCGGAUGGGUCGGGCUUGGAAGAGCUACUCGCUACACCGUCUAUGGAGGAUUCUGUCGUUCUCUCCCCGAAUGGGAGUUUAGCAGCCUACGUGUCCACAGCGAAUGGAUACAGGGCGAAUAUCUGGGUGACGGAUCUGAAGACAGGCAGGCGGUGGAAUGUAACUGAUACCCCCGCGACAGCCGCAAACGACACCCUCAUGAAUGGGUAUUUCCGUCCAUCGUGGUCUCCAGACGGACGGUGGCUUGCGUUCUCGUCGGACCGGAAUACGAACUGGGCUGGACACGGUGAUCAGACGUUCCAGGGUCUCUCUGGGUGGGAACAUACGCAGGAACUCUCCAUCUACGCCAUUCGUCCUGAUGGCUCUGGGUUUCGCCAGAUCGCAACGAAACCUGGAUACUCACUCGGUUCGCCGAAAUGGUCCCCUGACGGAAAGCGCAUUGUAUACUACGAGAUAACCCGUGAAGGAACAUGGGGUGCACACAGACCUGAAUCAAUCGAUUCCACUAGCUCGAUCCUUGUCUCCGUCGACUUCGCAACAGGGAAAGAUAGACGCGUGGAAGUCUCGGGAUCCGGCGUCAAGGCAUUCCCACAAUACAUCACAAACAGCACAAUCGGAUACCAUCUGAAAGGAACAUCCAGAGAAGGAAUCUACACCACAUCCGGUACAUAUCUCAACACGACAAUCCGCUCCCCAUCCUGGUCACCAGAUGGAAAAUCCAUCGUAUACGAGAAAACAGCGUGGGACGUCCGCCCCCUCAACAAGGAACUCUACGCCUGGGAUACAACCUGGGACUACCGCUUCGUCGACGUCUUCCCCCAAAUGUCCCGCCAGAACCGCCUCGCCAUGACAGAGAAGCAGCUCGGGAACUCCUCCGUCGUGACCCUAAACCCCGAUGGAUCGGAUGAGCAUGUUGCGUACGAUAACUCCAAGACUGAUCUCGUAGAGUCCUCCCUUGUCGGGCAGGGUCUGGCAGGGGCAUUCCAGCCCUCGUGGAGUCCAGACAGCGAGUGGCUCGUCUUUGGCGAGGGUGCCUGGUUCACGACCCGCGGCGAGAUGGGAGGGUGGCUUGUCCGAGCGACAGUAAACGGAUCUCACCACGAGACACUGACGGAAAGUAACCAGACGCUUACGAAUACGUCGGCGGUCAACUCUGGAUUCCCGACCUACUCGCACGACGGAAAGAAGAUCGUGUAUAGAGUGUGGGGCGCGAAUUCAUCCAAGGGGGAUCGGAGCCAGCUUGGACUGCGUGUUUUGGAUCUGGAGACGAGGAAUAUUACAGUCCUGACGAAUGACUGGGACAACCUGCCUUAUUUCUCGCCGGAUGGGGAGAGGAUUGUGUUUACACGCAAGACGGGGGUUUACAACUAUGAUGUCUGUACGAUUCGGCCGGAUGGGAGUGAUUUGCGGGUGUUGACGAGUAGCGGUGGCAAUGAUGCGCAUGCGGUUUGGAGUUAUGAUGGUAGGAUCAUGUAUUCGACGGGCAUGUUUGGGUUCCAGUAUGAAUGUGCGCUUUAUGAUGAUACGUUUCAGCCGUAUGGGCAGAUUGUCAUUAUGGAUGCGGAUGGGGGGAAUAAGCAGGUUUUGACGGACUCCAUUUGGGAGGAUUCGAUGCCCUUGCUUAUUCCGAAUGGUCAGUAUUAG